GGUUUGCUGAUGAAAUGCAAGCGCUCAAAGAUUCGAGGACGCAAGACGAUCAGCCAUCGCGGUCACAGCCAAGCACACUCACGUUCGUUCUUCUGUUGCUGUGGGAGCGAGAGGCAGGGGAGAGCAUUUCCAACACACACGCAGAGCACGCUGGACACCACACAAAGGGCGUAACACAUACAUAAGCACGCAAGGAGAGUGCAACUAGCGUCGGUGAUGCCGGGUGUGCUGUCGAGGCUGGCGGCGACGCCAAUUGCUCGUCGCGUCAUCAGGCACAUGACAACCUUCGUGCGGCCAGGCACGAGUGCUGCGCUUAAGCUGCGAGGAGGAGGAGCAGCGCAAUGUCCAAAGCCACCGCCGUCUUCAGGGUCAACGCCAGGCAGCGUUCAGCGCCCGUGUUAUGGUCGAGAUGCCAGCCCAGAGAAAUGCGCAAACUGCCACGUCUUCCCAUGCAACAAGAUCAUGAUGCAGCGCUUUCAAGGGCGGGACUACUCGUUCCGGGCGAAUAGGGGGCGGCCGUGGCUGUGGUUCUUCGCCACUGCAGGCAUCUACGUUGUCCUCAACACAGAGCAAGUGCCAAUCACAGACCGGUAUCGCGUGCGUCUGGUCCCGGAGUUUCUUGAGCGACGGAUGGAUGAGGACUACGACCAAACCAUAGUCAACGCCCUCACCACACGCGCCCUCCCCGUCGAGUCAAUGGAGCAUCAGCGCAUUCAGAGCAUUGGCGAUCAGCUCUGCAAAGCAAACGGCCUCCCGCCCAUGGAAUACUUUGUCAUUGACGACGACGAAGAAAACGCUUUCGUAUCAGCAGGUGGGAAAGUGAUCUUCUACACGGGCCUGCUGCGCGUGCUUGAUUCCGUGGACGAGGUUGCCGUUGUUCUCUCGCACGAGCUCGGCCACUACGUGGCGCGGCACAGCAGCGAGCGAACAGGCAUUGACUGGCUCAAGGCGUGCUUGCAGGCAAUCUUUGACCUCGACGGAUCCGACACAGCAAACAAAGUGUCGACGAUGGCGCUGACGCUUCCAAAGUCCCGCAGCGUGGAGCGAGAGGCAGACCACAUUGGCCUCAUUCUCCUCGCACGCGCCUGCUUCAACCUCAACGCAGCACCAAAGGCGUGGGAGAAGUUGCAUGCAAGCAAACUGCGACACCUCGAAGAGAGGCAGCGCGAGUUUGAGGAGACGCAAGAGCACCGGACCGAAAUGCAGGCGGCACAGCGGCUCAUGGACACAUCCACACGCAGCAGCAGCAGCAGGAGAUAUGCGCGGGGCAGUGGCGCAAGGCAUGGUGGUGGUGAUGGUGAUGAUGGUGAUGCUCAGGAGGUACAGCAGCGGUGGAACACAGGUAGCGAGCACAGUGCAAGGCACUCAGAGCAAGCACGCGAGUCAGACAACGCGCAGCAACAGCAACAGCAGCAGCGGGGCCACUACUACGAUCAGCACGGCAGAGUCAGCGGCAGCAGCAGCAGAAGUAGCGGUGGCGCCCAGAGCAGUGAUGGACUGGUGGGAAAUGUGCGGGCAGUGGUGUCAUCUGUCCUCACAUCGUCGGCAAACGCAUUUCUCGAAGACUCCAUCGAGCCAGAGACAUUCGCAGAGAGGCUGUGGGCAACGCACCCGACACACACGGAGCGCCUGGACCACUUUCGCCUCGACGGGCCCUGGAUGGAGGCUGCGCGUGGCGAGCAGGAGCGGUACUGCAACUGCUGCGAGGCGCUACGGCCCGUGCCGGCGUUCCACGAGACACGCCCGCUCCGGUGGUGGCUCAGGGCAACCAAGGACAGGGUGGCCAGAGAACACAUGCUGCUGAUGCAGCAGGAGGGCGGCGAUGGCUUUGAUGGUGAUGGUGAUGGUGAUGGUGAUGGAAGGAGGCGGUGACAUGACUGAGCCGGUGGUGUGAGUUGUUGGGUGUCAGCUGUGCAUGUGCUCUUGGGACGUGUGUUACAACAUCGCUGUUAACGUUAUUACAUUACAUAUGCCU